AUGGCUACUAAAGAAGAUGAUCUGGCUGAUGAAUUUUCAAAACUAUCAACUAAAACACAAAAUGAGAUCAAACUUAGCAAUGGAAUAGAUCCCACAUGGUUGACUGCACAUUCGAUCAAAGAUGGGUAUUCGUUUUGGUGUCAAUUGACAUUGAAACAGUUAGUUGAUCGACAAUUGAGUCAAACAUAUUUUCAAGAAUUAAUAUUUAUUAUCGAAAAAGAGCAGCAAAUUUAUGAUUUUCAUAUGCGAUUGCACCCAAAAGGCCAAAAUGGUUUAACGGUUGAUUUUCUAUACAAGACCGCCGCGAAUAAAUUAGGCCCAGACCAAGGAGAUGUGUGUAUUUCAUGCGAUAUGAACAAUCCAUUGUCUCAAUCAAGUUUGAUUAAGAAGAAUCCAACAACAUGUAUUUGGUUAGAUGCACAGUUGAGAAAUAAAUUAAUUAUUACACCACGAAGACACAUCGAAAGAUUAUCACAAAUGUCAGAGGAAGAAAUGACACAAUUUUGGCAAGAUGCACAAGCAAUCUUGAACGAAGAAGGAUGCAAUUGGGAGACCAUGAUUCUAAAUCAUGGAAAAUAUCGUACUCAUUCUCAUCUCCAUAUGAAAAUCAAUAUCGGGCAAACUCAGUGGAUUCGAUGCAUUGAAAAUAAGUACAAAGAGAAAAUACAACAAAUGCAAAAUCUAUUUGCAUGUGAGGAACGAGAUACUAAUAUAAAGAAAUAUUUUGGUUAUCGUGAAAUAAUCAAAAUAAAUAGCAUAUGUGAUCCUGAAGAAAUUGUUUGUUCGAAAUGGAGUGAAGAAGACGAAAACUAUUAUCAAUUUAUUAACACAGCUCUUCUUGAUGAUAAUUAUGAAGUAUUGAAAAAACAUGCAAGAUUUAUCAAUAGUUUAAGAAUGGCGAUUAAGAAUAAGCAUAGCGACGAAACUAUUGUAGUUUAUCGUGGAUUAUCUAUUGAUAGUAAACAGAUGGAAGAAGAAUAUAAAAUAGGUUCACAAUUUGUAUGGCCAACAUUUACAAGUACAUCAAGAGAUAAAGAUGUAGCCGAUGGUUUCGGGGAUUAUAUAUUUGAAAUCCAUGCAGCAGGGCAUGAUUGGACAUAUCGUAGUGAUGUUUCCAAAUAUUCUGCAUGUCCAGAAAAACAAGAAGUCCUAUUUUAUCCAUGUAGUGGUUUUGUUGUUCAGAAUAUUAUCAAAGAUGCAAAAAUCAUUCAAUUAAAAUGUAUUGAUACACUGGCAGUCGAAUCGAGCUGUGCAGAAUCUAUUCCACGUUGUGUUAAAAUGUUCGAUCGUUCGAGAAAUUUUUUAUGCUUAUUUUUAUAA